GAGAUUUUUCGAUCUACUUUUGUGGGAGACGCAGCGGCUGUGGUCUGUGUGUUGUUGCUAACUGAGGGGACGAGUGGAGAACAGCUGAAACCAUGAGACCGCUUUUACUAGGAGUGUUGGGCUGUUCCCUGGUCCUGUCUGUCCAUGCGAUGUACUCGGCUAGUGAUGAUGUUGUUGAGCUCACCCCCUCGAACUUCAACAGGGAGGUGAUCCAGAGCGACAGUCUGUGGCUGAUUGAGUUUUACGCUCCCUGGUGUGGCCACUGUCAAAAUCUAGCUCCAGACUGGAAGAAGGCAGCCACUGCCCUCAAGGGAAUUGUCAAGAUUGGUGCCGUAGACGCAGACCAGCACAAGUCACUGGGUGGACAGUAUGGCGUCAGAGGGUUCCCCACCAUCAAGAUCUUUGGAGCCAAUAAGCAAAAGCCAGAGGAGUACCAAGGUGGACGCAGCAGCCAGGCCAUUGUGGAUGGAGCCAUGAACGCUUUGCGCAGUCUGGUGAAAGAUCGGCUCAGCGGCAAAUCUGGCAGCUCUAGCUACAGCAAACAGGGUGGAGGUGGCGGCAGCAGCGGUGGCAGCAAGAAAGAUGUGGUGGAGCUAACAGAUGACAACUUCGACAAGAUGGUGCUGCAGGGUGAUGAUGUGUGGCUGGUAGAGUUCUUUGCCCCCUGGUGUGGACACUGCAAGAACCUGGAGCCUGAGUGGGCAGCUGCAGCCACAGUUGUCAAGGAGCAGACCAAGGGCAAAGUUCGCCUCGGAGCUGUGGAUGCAACUGUACAUCAGGUUCUGUCCAGCCGCUAUGGGAUCCGUGGAUUUCCCACCAUCAAGGUUUUCCGCAAAGGUGAAGAGCCUGAAGACUACCAAGGAGGCCGCUCCCGUGGUGACAUCAUCGAGAGGGCUUUGGAGCUGUUCUCUGACAACGCUCCUCCUCCUGAAAUGCUGGAGAUCCUCAAUGAAGACAUCUUGAAGAAGACCUGUGAGGACAGUCAGCUGUGUAUAAUUGCUGUCCUGCCUCACAUCCUGGACACAGGCGCAUCAGGUAGAAACGGAUAUCUGGAGGUGAUGAUUAAGAUGGCUGAGAAGUACAAGAAGAAGAUGUGGGGAUGGCUGUGGACUGAGGCGGGAGCCCAGAUGGAGCUGGAGGCCUCUCUGGGUAUUGGUGGAUUUGGCUACCCUGCCAUGGCCGCCAUCAACACGCGCAAGAUGAAAUUUGCCCUGCUGAGGGGCUCCUUCAGUGAGACUGGAAUUCACGAGUUCCUCAGGGAGCUUUCUGUGGGCCGUGGCUCUACCGCCACAUUGGGAGGUGGGGCCAUGCCCAAGAUUCACGCUGUUGAAGCCUGGGAUGGCAAAGAUGGACAGCUUCCUGUGGAGGAGGACUAUGACCUCACUGACGUAGACCUAGAUGAUGACUUUGACAAGGAUGAGUUAUGAGCCCAAGAAAGGCGGGAUUUUAUCCAGACUGGUUUGGUUGGAUCUGGUCUGGUCCUGCGUGACACACCUCCCCUCUCCUGUGGACGAACGGGAGGCCCGGUCGCCCAGUUACUGAAAUACUCCAGAAAAGACACAUGAGAGACACCUGCAGUUUCUCACAUCAUCUUUGUCAGUCAAGGGGGGGGGUGUGUAUGUAUGUGUGUGUGUGUGUGUGUGUGAGUCGUGUCCCUGGAAUGAACUCUGCCUCACGUACCUGCUGAACAGUAGAAGCUGAAUAUUUAUACGGCCGCUGCAAGCUGUGAAGAGGAGGGAGGAGGUUCUGAAUGUGGCAUUUCGGUUGUUCGUCUUUUUCAAACAUUGUCCCCUCUCCCCUCUUCAGCCAUCCUUAACCACCUAUUUUAAGAUGUGGACUUGUCAGAGUAACACUUCAAUGUGCAACCUGGUGUGUCUAAAUAUAUACUUUUUUUCUCUUUUUAAACCAGUGAAUGAGAAUCUUGGUGGGUUUGCAUCAGGACAAGGGGAUACUGUGGGACUUCUUGUGUAGAUUUUUCUUACACGACUUUAUUUCAAUUGUGUGAAAACAAAAUGACAUUUUUGUUACAAAAAUAAAAAGGAAUAAAAACAA